AUGUCAUGGAAGGAAGCGGUCACUCAGGCUUUUCUUUUGGCAAUCUCCGCGGAUUUGAAUCAGGUCGCUGCUUGUUCAUUCGGCUUGCAAGCUCCCAAGCAUUGGAUUUUUGCCUCGAGCUGGAGGCCUCUCCAGCAGUUGCAGAGCACGUGUCCGCAUGGUCCCAAUGCACACUCAGAUUUUCACAACAAGCGUGCUGCAGAUGGGUCUUUCCGUUCUCUGGAGACGGCGGUUUUCCCAGAUGCACUUUGUUCGGCGUAUGCCGAGGCCGUGUUGCCUUUGUUUGAGGAAUCCCCGAAGAAGCCGCCGGGUGCUUUUCUUGAUGUCGCAGCCGCUUUGACGAAGCCACAGGUGUUGAAGAGUCUGAUCUGUGCACUGGUAAGAGAGGAGCUUGAGGAAGCAGGGACAGGGCGGCCUUUGCCUUCGCAUCUUGAUGCCUUCGAUGCUUUGGGGGACUCCGUGCUUGCUCUGGGUAGGAGUGUCGUGGACAUUCCUUUGCCUUGGGAGCAGGAGAGCAUGAGCUUGGAAAAGGAAGAGGCUCAAUGGCGACGUGCUCUUGAGAAGUGGCUGGUCAUACUUACUGAGUGCCCUGGUUCGUCAUAUAUCGGAGAAACAGUUGCCAUCCAAAAGACUGAUGACGCAAUUGAAACUUUGCGUGAGCUCUUUGGGCGAAAGAGUGGCAGUACAGUCAUGAAAAGGGGAUCGGCCCUCAUGGGAUACCUCUCAUGGGGGCGAAAGGAAUGCAGGGGCGGUGACCUGCUCCCUUUCAAGUCCUCGCAUCUGGAUGGAUACUUGAAGCACCUGAAGAGCGAGAAGAGGCCUGCCGGGGCCUUCACCAGUUUCCAGGAGUGCGUGAAUUUCGCCAUACAUGUUGUCGGCAUUGCUGUCGACGAGUCAGUCAUAGGACCGAAGCAAAGCACUGUGUGGAGCCAUUGGAGUAAAGGCGUCAUAGGUCAGGCACAGCUGACCAAGGCAGAGCGGAAGCAGGCCACAGUUCUGCUUGUGGCAUACGUUGCAGCCCUGGAACGUUUGCUUGAAGAUGAAUCUGUUAACAGCUUUGAUCGUUACGCCUGCGGUGCCAUCUUGUUUGGGAUCUUCUCUCGGAGCCGAGUGUCGGAUUUGAGAAAAACAUUCAGUUGGUUUCUUGACUUCAGUGAACUUGCAAGUGGAGGCGAAGGGUUCAUCGAGUGCAAGACGCGAGACCAUAAGACUGCCAAUGCUGUGGCGCAUACAGGUUUCAGCAUGCCUUUGGUUGCACCUGCGCGAGGAGUUACAUCUUCAGCAUGGGCUGUGACGUGGGCCAAGGUUGCAGAGGAUGUCGGUUUGGGUUUUAGUUCCACCCGAGUAGGACCCGUGCUUCCUGCACCUGAUCAAAAGGGGGGCUGGACUCGACGAUGUGUCGAUUCGGGAGAGGUCACCAAGUGGAUGCGUGCGUUACUUGACAAGGCCGGCUGUGAUGUGCCUGAGUCGUCGACUUCGCAUGCCAUCAAAGGGACUUCUUUAAGCUGGUGCUCUAAGUUUGGAAUGGAUAGGCAUACCCGCCUGCGCUUAGGACAUCAUAGCUCAGGCGACGGAUCCUUAGAUUCUUACGGGCGCGACAACCUUGCGCCAGCCCUCUUGAAAUACACGGAAAUGUUGGGAAGCAUCAGGCGAGGUGUGUUCAUGCCUGACUUGAGCAGAUCGGGACGGUUUGCUGAUCGUCCGAUUGUGAAAGUCGAAGUAUCAGAGGAUGAGGCUGCAUCACCGAGUUUGCCUGCGUUUGGGGCUUCUGAUGAGGAGGUAUCGUUAGGCAGGACCACUGAGUCGUUUGAGAAGGUCGAUGCUGUUGCCACUCCUUUAUUGGGGUCUGAAGCUUGCGGAGAACAGGUUUGCGAGAGUGAAUCGAGCGACAGCUCGAGCGAGUCGGAGCCUGAGUCCGGUGACGAAUGGGUCAAGGGCGAAGACUUCCGACAUCCAGCGAGCAAGCCUAGGAUCAUGGGCUCGCUAACGGAAUCCACGGCGGCUUUCGCAUCAAGGGCGAAAGAGAUUGGCUUGACCCAAGCCAAUGUGGCCACGAUGACGGGGACCGGAGUGGAUACGCUCUCCAAAUUAGCUUUUGCAACAGUACCGCCGGGCCAGUCUCCGAGCGAUGAUCAGGUACAGCGGCUCUUCGGGGUUGCGCCCAUCACGGCAGGGACGAUGGCUGCAGCAAAGCGUCUUAUCUUUGAGGCCCAUACCCUCGUAGUCCAAGAGUUAAAAACUCGAGUUCAGAGGGGGGACUCUGGAGCACCUUCGACGCUCGCCACAGCCGCGAGGGAAGAGCGCAUCACAGAGCAGCGUGCAAGGAUCACGGGCCUUUUGCAUCGCGGAGUAGAAGAGCCUAGCCAUGCCUCUUAUGACUUGGUGUACGCCAUGCUGUCCUCAGAUUCCUUGACUUACUUGGGGCCAGACAGGUUCCCGACCAGACAGUCUGAACUUCAGGGCAAGAAGCCAGGGAAGGAGCUUACCAUAGACGGGAACAGCGUGACGGUGAGGGACAAGGUGCCUCAUCAAACCUGCACAACGGGGACUGAACUUGAGCUUACGCAGGCUCUGAGGCGGCGAGCCUUAGCAUUUGAUCUAGUCAAGUGCGCCAGUUAUGACACCAUGAAUCGGUAUCACUCGUCCUUGAUCCAUCGGUUGCAGGAGUUGCCACCUCCUACUUACGUGAAGAUUUCAGUGGCACAGGUGCUCAGGGCAGACAGGGCAGCUUUCACACGCAUUGCUGAAAGCCUUCCCUCGAUCAAGCGGCAGCCCGAUGGGACUUUGCCUUUGGAUCGAGCUCUUGAGAACAUUCUUCAGGAUCCCAGCAUCAGCUUCCACUUGUUGCCUUUGAAGGGUGGAGAAAUCGAUGAUAACAAGCGGAAAUGGACAGAUGACGCCAAAAAGACUGAUGAGCCGACCAAGUGGAAAAAGAAUGGCAAAGGCAAAGGCAAAGGCAAGGGCAAAGGCAAGGAUCAGCCGGGAGUUAAAGGGGCCAAAUUCAUCAAAAUGCCGAAGCAGCUCGUCGGGAAAGCCAGCGAGACCAACGAAGGAAAGAGGCUGUGCUGGGCAUACAACAUUGAUGGGUGUCCCAAUGCUGCUGACGGCGAGGAGUGUCCGCGCGGCUGGCACCUGUGUUGCGAGCCAAACUGCUUCAAGGAAGUUCCUCUCUUCACAACGCACUUUCACCUUUGCAGCUUCGAUUCGCCAUUCAAGAAGGCUAUGCGAAUGCUGCACUCUCUACCAAAAUUCUUGGAGUUGCAUCGUCCAUGUGCCGGUGGACAUGUACAUAAGUUUUGGUCUAAGGAUGUGGGCUGUAAGUUCGACCGUGAUUUGGAUUUUCCUUGGGGUUUGUGCAAAGCUAUGUCACAGCUUCUGCAAGAUCAACUGCUUGACAUGGGGGCCAAGCCUCUGCCUACUGACUUGAGUCAGACAACAGCCACAGUUGCAGCGGCCAGAGCUGUGGCUGGAUGGCAAAGCAACAAGCGUGUCCUUCCUCUGGUUCCAGAGUUCAAGCAUGUUGUCAACGUCAGUGGCAGCUUCCCUGCUGCGUCUAUGCAUGGUCUUCAAGUAGGCUGCAAACUCCCUGCACCGUGGGAGGUACCUGCAUCUGCAAACGUUGACCCGUGCUUCGUGUCGUCUGUGCCACAAGGUUCCAAGGUCCUUCGCAUCCUCACGGUGCCGGGGGAAAGUUCAGAGGAUGCUUCAGACGAUUUGAGUGCAGGCCAGGCUGACGGGCAAGACGACUCGCCGCCAGCCAGUGUUCUUCACCGUACAUGUUCGAACCUGCAUUCUCCGCCUGAGGAUGCUCACCCUGCUGAAAAGCUUGCCUGCAUCAUGUUACAGUGGAACACUCGCUUCAGCCAAGAGGAGAUGCAAACUCUCUUGGACAUGUUGCCGCAAAAGCAUCAGACCAGAGCCAGGGGGAGCUGUGAUGACCAGUCCAAUCAGUUUCUGUGCGGAGCCUAUGCCCAUGGGCCCAUGACGGGCUGCAAAAACUUGACGCGGGAUAUGCCUUGGUGCACUGCCGUGCUUUGCAAGCAUGUUCGCGAUAAUGCUCCGGGUUUUUGCUUCUCUGCCGUGGGCUACCUGUGCAAUGUGCGCGCAGAAGCCCAUCGAGAUUUGCACAAUGAGCCAGGAACAAAAAACCUGGUCAUGGCUACGCACGCUUGUGCUGGCGGUGGACUGUGGCUCGAGGAAGCAGGUGACAGAGGAGUAAUCGUUGCAUACACCCCAGUGGGAGUGACCAAACUUGCGACUGCCGACAAAGGGGUCGCAAAAGUACAAAAAGGAAGUAUCACUUUUGGCGUGUACCAUGAACCGGAGGAGUUCGUGGCGAGGGCGUUGAGGGUGCAACAUCCGUGUCACUUGGAAAGCCUUUUGCCAUCGGAGCUUGUCGAGGCCAUACGGGCAAAUCAUUCCAAAGAUGUCGCUACGCUUGGGCGCGAGCGAACUGAGAUGCUCAAGAAAUGGCUUGCUCGCGCUGAGGAGCUGGAAACUGCCGAAAGUCAGUUCAAGGGAUCCUUCAGCUCCCAUCGACGUCAAGUGUUGUGCAACAAGCGGCUGCUCUUGAUGAAGGAAAUGCUUGACAGUGUGGGACACGAGGACGAGGACUUGAUUUCUGAUCUGUCAAACGGUUUUGACUUAACCGGAAUCUCCAUGAAUCUUUACCAUGCCGUCAGUUGGCUCCACAGGGUGGUGGGAGGGAGGCAGAUGGAAGCAGCUCCUGACUUCUCUCCUGUGGCUUCAGAGCUACGGGGGCAGGGUCAGGAAGCCCCAGGUGUUGAAGAGUCUGAUGCGUGCACCGGCAAGCCGCUGCCUGCUGAAAGUGAGUUGGGGUUUGAUAAGCAUCUUGAGCGUCUUUGCGAGGAGCUUGAGGAGGCAGGGACAGGGCGGCCUUUGCCUUCACAUCUUGAUGCUUUCGUGCCAUCAGAAAUAGAUAGUGAGCAGCGAGAAGCUUGUGUGCGCGAUCGAGAGUCUGCAAGGGAAGUGGUCAAUUGUGCUGACAGCAGCUUGCUUAACGAUGCUUUGGGGGAUUCCGUGCUUGCUCUGGGAAGGAGUGUAGUAGACAUUCCUUUGCCUUGGGAGCAGGAGAGCAUGAGUUUGGUCUUUGGAGAAGAUGAUUCAGUAACAAAGCUUUUGGCAGGUCUCCCGAAGCACAUACCAGUGCCUGCUGUGUCCAGCUCCAGUAUCCAGCCUUCAGACCUUGUUGCCGAGCCACCGGCAAAGCGUGCGCGACAGAUGCCUGAGAGUGGGGAGUGUUUCAGGGUUGCUAUUUCUUCAAGGGCCUACGACAGUUACGAGGAAAAGGAGGAGGCUCAAUGGCGACGUGCUCUUGAGAAGUGGCUGGUCAUUCUUACUGAGUGCCCUGGUUCGUCAUAUAUCGGAGAAACGGUUGCCAUCCAAAAAACUGAUGACGCAAUUGAAACUUUGCGUGAACUCUUUGGGCGAAAGAGUGGCAGUACAGUCAUGAAAAGGGGAUCGGCCCUCAUGGGAUACCUCUCAUGGGGGCGAAAGGAAUGCAGGGGCAGUGACCUUUUCCCUUUCAAGUCCUCGCAUCUGGAUGGAUACUUGAAGCACCUGAAGAGAGAGAAGCGGCCAGCCGGGGCUUUCACCAGUUUCCAGGAGUGUGUGAAUUUUGCAAUACAUGUGGUCGGCAUUGCUGUCGAUGAGUCCAUCAUAGGACCAAAGCAAAGCACUGUGUGGAGCCAUUGGAGUAAAGGUCUUAUUGGUCAGGCACAGUUGACCAAGGCAGAGCGGAAGCAGGCCACAGUCCUGCUUGUGUCAUAUGUUGCAGCCCUGGAACGUUUGCUUGAAGAUGAAUCGGUCAAUAGCUUUGAUCGUUAUGCCUGCGGUGCCAUCUUGUUUGGGAUCUUUUCCAGGAGCCGGGUUUCGGAUUUGCGAAAGACUUUCGGUUGGUUCCUUGACUUCAGUGAACUUGUAAGCGGAGGCGAAGGUUUCAUUGAGUGCAAGACCCGAGAUCACAAGACGGCCAAUGCUGUGGCGCAUACAGGCUUCAGCAUGCCUUUGGUGGCGCCCGCGCGGGGUGUUACAUCUUCGGCUUGGGCUGUGACAUGGGCCAAGGUUGCAGAUGAGGUAGGUUUGGGUUUUAGUUCCACCCGAGUAGGACCCGUGCUACCUGCGCCUGAUCAGAAGGGGGGCUGGACUCGACGAUGCGUCGAUUCAGGAGAGGUCACCAAGUGGAUGCGUGCGUUACUUGACAAGGCCGGGUGUGAUGUGCCUGAGUCGUCGACUUCGCAUGCCAUCAAGGGGACUUCUUUGAGCUGGUGCUCUAAGUUUGGAAUGGAUAAGCAUACCCGCCUGCGAUUAGGACACCACAGCAGUGGCGACGGAUCCUUGGAUGCUUAUGGGCGCGACAACCUUGCGCCAGCCCUCUUGAAAUACACCGAAAUGUUAGGAAGCAUCAGGCGAGGUGUGUUCAUGCCUGACUUGAGCAGAUCGGGACGGUUCGCCGAUCGUCCGAUUGUUAAAGUCGAAGUAUCAGAAGAUGAAACUGCAUCACCGAUCGUGCCUGUGAGUGCGGCUUCUGAUGAGGAGAGAUCGUUAGGCAGGACCACUGAGUCGUUCGAGAAGGUCGAUGCUGUUGCCAAUCCUUCAGAGGUCUCUGCAGCUUGCGGAGAACAGGACUGCGAGAGUGAAUCGAGCGACAGCUCCAGUGAGUCGGAGUCUGAGUCCGGAGAUGAAUGGGUCAAGGGCGAGGACUUCCGACAUCCAGCGAGCAAGCCUAGCACCUGGAGGCCUGAGGCCACCAUGUACAAACAUUCUAGGACUGGUGUUGUGCAUCUCAUGAGUGCUGGGAGUUCAGAUGGGCUUUUUAUUUGUGGGAGGGCCCUCACCAAUGAUCAUGUAGAAGUCAGUGGUGUGCCUUUCCUUGAGUUGCGGAAGUGCAAGCAGUGCGAUUCGGGUCGUCCUGUUAGAGAUGUUGGCAGCUUGAAUGUCGCGCUGCAGCAGAUCAUGAACUGUAAAGAGAAGUGGAUCAUGGGCUCGUUAACGGAAUCUACAGCGGCCUUCGCAUCAAGGGCUAAAGAGAUUGGCUUGACUCAAGCCAAUGUGGCCACGAUGACGGGGACCGGAGUGGAUACGCUUUCCAAAUUAGCUUUUGCAACAGUUCCGCCGGGCCAGUCACCGAGCGACGAUCAGGUACAGCGGCUCUUCGGGGCAACGCCCAUCACGGCAGGGACGAUGGCUGCAGCAAAGCGCUCGAUCUUUGAGGCCCAUACCCUCGUAGUCCAAGAGUUAAAAACUCGGGUUCAGAGGGGGGAUUCUGGGGCACCUUCGACGCUUGCCACAGCAGAGAGGGAAGAGCGCAUCACAGAGCAGCGUGCAAGGAUCACAGGCCUUUUGCAUCGUGGAGUCGAAGAGCCUAGCCAUGCCUCUUACGACUUGGUGUACGCCAUGUUGUCCGCGGAUUCCUUGACGUACUUAGGGCCAGACAGGUUUCCGACCCGACAGUCCGAACUUCAGGGUAAGAAGCCCGGGAAGGAGCUCACCAUCGACGGGAACAGUGUGACGGUGAGAGACAAGGUGCCUCAUCAAACCUGCACGACAGGGACCGAGCUUGAGCUUACGCAGGCUCUGAGGCGGCGAGCCUUAGCAUUUGAUUUAGUCAAGUGCGCCAGUUAUGACACCAUGAAUCGGUAUCACUCGUCGUUGAUCCAUCGACUGCAGGAGUUGCCACCGCCUACUUACGUAAAGAUUUCGGUGGCACAAGUGCUUAGGGCAGACAGGGCAGCUUUCACUCGCAUUGCCGAAAGCCUACCCUCGAUCAAGCGUCAGCCUGAUGGGGCUUUGCCUCUGGAUCGAGCCCUUGAGAACAUUCUUCAGGAUCCCAGCAUCAGCUUCCACUUGUUGCCGUUGAAAGGUGGAGAAACCGAUGAUAACAAGCGGAAGUGGACAGAUGAUGCCAAAAAGACCGAUGAUUCGACCAAGUGGAAAAAGAAUGGCAAGGGCAAAG